CUCCUAGUUCUUUACUUUAUAAGUAUCGAUUUAAGUGUUGUCUUGAUAAAAAAUGAUUUCAAGAUCGAUUCCAUCUUUCCUUCUAAUUUUUGCGUUGAUCGCACUAGCAACUGCAGAUUCAAGGCAUUGGUACUACCAAAACGAAAUAGACAAUGCUGAAAACCAGAUCAGUUAUGGUGCAGAUGGUCGUAAAGAAUACUCUGUUACGGAUUUGUUGAAUUUAUAUGGACGUCUCAAAUACGAAGAUCCAUAUGCCAAGGAUCAUCUCAACCAUCACCAGAUGAGCUAUGGACAUAACGAACUAGAAAAAGGAGGUUUUUCGCAAGCUGACCAAAUUUCAGGAAACAGCAUAUUAAAAAAGAUAGGAUCUUAUUCCGCAGAUGAACCAAAUAACCCCCCAGUAGGGAAAACACUUGUUAAGUGUUAUGCGGAUGGGUCCUACGAUUGGCUGUAAUUCGAUUUGUAAAUUUACUUACCAAUGGGAAACCAGACCAAAUAAAAUUUUCAUCGUUGUAUUCCUAAAACGUUAGAUUUUAAACCAGAUUCGUAAUUAUAAUUUAUGAAUAAUUCUGGUAAUUUCUACAUAACCAUUUUUCUGGGGACCCUGCAGACAAUAUAUUAACGAUAAAUCGUGGAAAUUAUUGUAUAUUACAAUAAAAUCAUUUUAUAUAGUUUCGACUAUCGUAGUGUAAUUCUAACUCUAUAAACCAUGUUUUGUAGUAUGAAUUAAAUUAAAUAAUGUAUACUUUUCUUUAUAUUAAUCUGCUUUUCACAUAAUAAAAGACGAUAAUAU